GGUUGCUACGGCAGGUGAGUUCCGGGCCGCAGCCCACUGCUUUAGGGGGCCGGGUCUCUCCGAGCAGGGGCGAGCCCAGUCCAGCUACGGGCCGGCAGGGGCCUGGGCCUGCCUGGUACGCAGAACGCCGCGGCCAGGUUCCCUGCCAGAGGCCUGCACUCACCCUGGCCCACCGCAGCGCAGCACCGUCGGCCGUCACCGGAGAGCGCGGACGCUGGCUUCUCCCUGGGGCCGUCGCUUCGCACAAAGUCUCGUAGAAAAACAUACACGGAUGAAAUGACGUGAUAUCUGGGAUUUGCUGCAAAAAAAGAGGAAGUGGGAGGUUGAGAUGAAGCAAGGUUGGCCAUGGAUUAAUUGUGAAGCCAGGUGAUGGGUACACGGGGGUGUGUUACACACUUCCGUCUGCAUCUGCAUGUUUACAUUUUCCGUAAGCCCAGGCCAGCAUGGGGGACUCCAGGGACCUUUGCCCUCAUCUUGACUCUAUAGGGGAGGUGACCAAAGAGGACUUGCUGCUCAAAUCCAAGGGCACCUGUCAGUCAUGCGGUGUUUCCGGACCCAACCUGUGGGCCUGUCUCCAGGUCGCCUGCUCCUACGUUGGCUGCGGAGAGUCCUUCGCUGACCACAGCACCGUCCACGCGCAGGCCAAAAGGCACAACCUGACAGUGAACCUGACCACGUUCCGGGUGUGGUGCUAUGCCUGCGAGAAGGAGGUGUUCCUGGAGCCUCGGCUGGCGGCCCGGCCGCCAGGCCCCCCACCCAAGUUCUCAGAGCAGGACUCUGCGCCGCCCUCCCACCCUCUGAAAGCUGUCCCCAUCGCUGUGGCUGACGAAGGAGAGUCCGAGUCGGAGGACGAUGACCUCAAACCGCGAGGCCUCACGGGCAUGAAGAACCUGGGGAACUCGUGCUACAUGAACGCGGCCCUGCAGGCCCUGUCCAAUUGCCCCCCACUGACCCAGUUCUUCUUGGAGUGUGGAGGCCUGGUGCGCACAGACAAGAAGCCAGCCCUGUGCAAAAGUUACCAGAAGCUGGUCUCUGAAGUCUGGCACAGGAAACGCCCCAGCUACGUGGUUCCCACCAGCCUGUCCCAUGGGAUCAAGUUGGUCAACCCGAUGUUCCGAGGCUAUGCCCAGCAGGACACCCAAGAGUUCCUGCGCUGCCUGAUGGACCAGCUGCACGAGGAGCUCAAGGAGCCCGUGGUGGCCGCGGCGGCAGCGCUGACCGAGGCUCGGGACUCGGACUCGAGCGACACGGAUGAGAAGCGGGAGGGCGACCGGAGCCCGUCAGAGGACGAGUUCCUGUCCUGUGACUCCAGCAGCGACCGCGGUGAGGGCGACGGGCAGGGGCGCGGCGGGGGCGGCUCCCAGGCUGAGACGGAGCUGCUGAUCGCGGACGAGGCGGGCCGCGCCAUCUCCGAGAAGGAGCGCAUGAAGGACCGCAAGUUCUCGUGGGGCCAGCAGCGCAGCAACUCGGAGCGGGUGGACGAGGACGCCGACGUGGACACCGCCAUGGCCGCCCUGAACCAGCAGCCCGCGGACGCGCAGCCGCCGUCACCGCGGUCCACCAGCCCCUGCCGGACACCAGAGCCGGACAACGAGGCCCACAUGCGCAGCGCCUCUCGCCCCUGCAGCCCUGUCCACCACCACGAGGGCCACGCCAAGCUGGCCGGCAGCCCUCCUCGUGCGAGCCCCGUGAGGAUGGGCCCGUCCUACGUGCUCAAGAAAGCCCAGGUGCCGAGCGCCGGCAGCCGACGGCGGAAGGAGCAGCGCUACCGCAGCGUCAUCUCAGACAUCUUCGACGGCUCCAUCCUCAGCCUCGUGCAGUGUCUCACCUGUGACCGGGUGUCCACCACGGUGGAGACAUUCCAGGACCUGUCGCUGCCCAUUCCUGGCAAGGAAGACCUGGCCAAGCUCCACUCGGCCAUCUACCAGAACGUGCCGGCCAAGCCGGGUGCUUGUGGGGACAGCUCCGCUGCCCAGGGCUGGCUGGCCUUUAUCGUGGAGUAUAUCCGACGGUUUGUGGUAUCCUGUACCCCCAGCUGGUUUUGGGGGCCGGUCGUCACCCUGGAAGACUGCCUCGCUGCCUUCUUCGCCGCUGAUGAGCUGAAGGGUGACAACAUGUAUAGCUGUGAACGGUGUAAAAAGCUGCGCAACGGCGUGAAGUACUGCAAGGUCCUGCGGCUGCCGGAGAUCCUGUGCAUUCACCUGAAGCGCUUUCGACACGAGGUGAUGUACUCGUUCAAAAUCAACAGCCACGUCUCCUUCCCGCUGGAGGGACUUGACCUGCGCCCCUUCCUCGCCAAGGAGUGCACGUCCCAGAUCACCACCUACGACCUCCUCUCGGUCAUCUGCCACCACGGCACGGCAGGCAGCGGCCACUACAUCGCCUACUGCCAGAACGUGAUCAACGGGCAGUGGUAUGAGUUCGACGACCAGUACGUCACCGAGGUUCACGAGACAGUGGUGCAGAACGCCGAGGCCUACGUGCUCUUCUACAGGAAGAGCAGCGAGGAGGCCGUGCGGGGGCGACAGCAGGUGGUGUCGCUGGCCGCCAUGCGGGAGCCCAGCCUGCUGCGCUUCUACGUCUCCCGGGAAUGGCUCAACAAGUUCAACACCUUCGCCGAGCCGGGGCCCAUCACCAACCAUACCUUCCUCUGCUCCCACGGAGGCAUCCCGCCCAACAAAUACCACUACAUCGACGACCUGGUGGUGAUCCUGCCCCAGAACGUCUGGGAGCAUCUCUACAACAGGUUUGGGGGCGGCCCUGCCGUGAACCAUCUGUACGUGUGCUCCAUCUGCCAGGUGGAGAUCGAGGCGCUGGCGAAGCGCAGGCGGGUUGAGAUCGACACCUUCAUCAAGCUGAACAAGGCGUUCCAGGCCGAGGAGUCACCCAGCGUCAUCUACUGCAUCAGCAUGCAGUGGUUCCGGGAGUGGGAGGCCUUCGUCAAGGGCAAGGACAACGAGCCCCCCGGGCCCAUUGACAACAGCAGGAUUGCACAAGUCAAAGGAAGCGGCCACAUCCAGCUGAAGCAGGGAGCUGACUACGGGCAGAUCUCAGAGGAGACCUGGGGGUACCUGAAUAACCUGUAUGGCGGCGGCCCCGAGAUCGCCCUCCGCCAGAGUGUGGCCCAGCUCCAGGACCCGGAGAGCUUGCACGGGGAGCAGAAGAUCGAAGCCGAGACCCGGGCCGUGUGACGCAGUGGCCAGUCCGUAAGUCCUCUCCUCCCUCCGCACAGACCCCCUCGUGUCCCUCACGUGUUGGUAGAGCGCCCGGCACGCGCCUGCCCUGAGGCUGCUUGGAAGGAGCUUCACGAGGCCCCCGCCGGCUCGUGACCCGGCCGUCCCCACAGGCCCCCGCCUUCGCCCUCCUCCCUGCGGAGCGGGCGUCCGUACCUGGGAGAGAGGCCGGCCGCUCUGGCAGCCCAGAUGUGUAAAGAGGCAGAAAAGUCGUUUCGGUUCACAGUGAGUCAUGCUGCAACUAGGAAAUAUAUCCACUUCAGGCUCGUUAAAGGACCAAGGCUCUGCGACGCUAACUCGGGUCUUUGUCUCGGCAGUGCCCUCGUGCCACCGCCGUCGUUGUGUCCCCAAACCUGCCCUCUCGCUAGCUCGGGCCCAGCUUUUGUCCCUGGACCCUCAGUCAGGGGCCGUGGCCUUGGGACAGAGGGUCGGGGAGCGGCUGCCGCUCCCCAGGCGUUUCCCACUGGCGCCUGGUCCGCUGAGUCACGGGUCGACGGUCAGAGCCGCGAGCGGGGU